AAACCCUAGCGUUACGAUGUUUAUAAUCGAAAAAUCGUUUCUCUCCCCUCGCCUGUCUCUUCUCCGCCCCGCUCCUCAUCCUCAUCCGCUGUGGUCGCGUAAUCUUGGAGUUAGAUAGCUUGCGAUUUAAGCUAGGUUUUAGAGGUGAAAAUAGUUUCAGCAGGUGAAUUUGACUUUUUUGCUUGCAGUUGGAGUUAGAUAGCUUGCGAUUUAAGCUAUCAUUGUUGAAGUUUGCUGAUUAAACCGGUGAACGUAGGCUCUUUUAUUACAGGUAUUCUGAAAGAAGCUUUCAGAAGAAACUUUCCAGUCAAGUGGGCACAUUCCACAUCAACCAUGGCAGAUACAACUAAAGAUGAUACUGGGAGCCUUAAAGAACAAUUAGCAAAGGUAUUUGAGGUCUCACUGAAAGUUACCGUCCCAGAUGAACCAGAAGUGCUGCCUCUAAUUGCUCCGUGCUCCAGAAAGGAAGCUGGUGAUUACCAAUGCAACAAUGCCAUGAGCUUAUGGUCUAAAAUAAAAGGCAAGGGUACCGACUAUAAAGGUCCACAACCUGUUGGACAGGCGAUCAUGCGAAAUCUUCCAGCAUCUGACAUGAUUGAAUCAUGCUCUAUAGCUGGUCCUGGCUUUAUAAACGUUAAGUUAUCAACACAAUGGAUAGCUAAGAGCAUCCAGAAGAUGCUAAUUGAUGGUAUAGACACAUGGGCACCAAAGCUUCCGGUCAAAACGGCAGUAGUUGACUUUUCGUCACCCAACAUUGCAAAGGAAAUGCAUGUGGGCCAUUUAAGGUCAACUAUCAUUGGAGACACGCUAGCCCGUAUGCUUGAGUAUUCUAAAGUUGAUGUCCUUCGCAGAAACCAUGUCGGGGAUUGGGGCACUCAGUUUGGAAUGUUGAUUGAGUUUCUAUUUGAAAAGUUUCCAGACGGCAAAGUUAAUGAUCAGGAUAUUGGAGAACUUGAGGUGUUCUAUAAGGCCUCAAAACAGCGGUUUGAUGGUGAUGCUGCAUUUAAAGAGAGAGCCCAACAAGCAGUAGUCAGUCUCCAGGGCGGGGAGGAGAAGUACAGGAAGGCAUGGGCACAAAUCUGUGAGAUAAGUCGGAAGGGUUUUGAAAAAGUGUAUCAGCGUUUAGGGGUCCACUUGGAAGAAAAGGGUGAAAGCUUUUACAAUCCCUUUAUUCCUGGAACCCUAGAUCUUCUCAGGCAAAAGGGUUUGAUUGAAGAAAGUGAAGGAGCUCAGGUGAUCUUUAUCGAAGGAAAAAAGAUACCUCUUAUAGUUGUCAAGAGAGAUGGAGGUUUCAAUUAUGCUUCAACAGAUCUUGCAGCUCUAUGGUAUCGUCUUAACGAGGAAAAAGCUGAGUGGAUAAUAUACGUGACUGAUGUAGGGCAGAGAGAGCACUUUGAAAUGUUUUUCACCGCUGCUAAACGUGCAGGAUGGCUACCAACUGAUGAGAACAAACACCCUAAAACAAGUCAUGUAGGGUUUGGUCUUGUUCUUGGGGAUGAUGGAAAGAGAUUUAGAACGCGUAGUACGGAAGUAGUUAAGUUGGUCGAUUUGCUUGAUGAAGCUAAAACUCGUUGUAAAGCUGCUCUUGUAGAGCGAGGUAAAGCGGCUGAGUGGACUCCUGAGGAGCUUGAGCAAACUGCUGAAGCUGUUGGAUAUGGUGCUGUUAAGUAUGCAGACCUGAAGAAUAACCGAUUGACGAAUUACACAUUCAAUUUUGAUCAGAUGCUUAACGAUAAAGGAAAUACUGCUGUAUAUUUGCUGUAUGCACAUGCUCGAAUCUGUUCAAUUAUAAGAAAAUCCGGUAAAGACAUCGAGGAAUUGAAAAGGGAGGGACAAAUAAAAUUGGAGAAAGACGAAGAACGCAAGCUGGGAUUACAUUUGCUCCAGUUUCCUGAGGUUGUCGAAGAGGCGUGCACAAAUUUGCUACCAAAUGUUCUGUGUGAGUACCUAUAUGAUUUAUCUGAGAAGUUCACGAGUUUCUACUCCGAGUGCCAGGUUGUUGGGUCUGCUGAGGAGACAAGCAGAUUACUGUUGUGUGAGGCAACUGCAGUCGUCAUGAGGAAAUGCUUUCAUCUUUUGGGGAUUACUCCUGUCUACAAAAUAUGAUACGUAGUUUUACAAUUUGGACCCUGUAGAAUUUCAUUGAAUCUCAAUACACCCAAGAAGAUUUUAAAUGUUUGUAUGGGUCCUUUUUUGCUGAUUUCUGUGACUAGAUUCUGAUUGUAACACAAAUUUAUGAUUUAUGCACUUAGCAUGCUAAAAGUUUUAUAUGCUUGAUCUAUUUAAA